AUGGACGAAGUAAGCGACUAUCACGACGACCAUAUCCGCCCGCAGAAAAAGCGUCGCAAGUAUAUUGCCAAAGCAUGCAACGAAUGCAAACGUCGCAAGAUCAAAUGCAAUGGCCAGACGCCGUGCCAAAGAUGCGACCGGCAGCGCAUCGAGUGUGUUUAUGCGGAUAAUCAGCGGAGUAUGGGUGAUACAUUAACCCUCGACCGCCUCUCCCGCCAAAUGACCACCAUGCAAGAACAAAUCGCCCUCCUCUCCUCCGCCGUCCACACCCUAACCAACACCGGCGCCAUCCCCCGCCCCGAUACCAACACCACACACCCACACCCCCAACCCCAAACAUGGACCCGCCGCCUCUCCUCCGCCAAAGAAGCACUCACCUUCCAAGGCCCCACGACCUCAACCUUCAGCUUCGACCUCGCGAAAUCCAGUCUCCAACAGCGCGGAAUAGUGGGUGUCGUCGACGGCGAUGACGAAGACGCAGACGGUGAUUUGACGCAGGAACCCUCGCCGAUGCCGUCGCCUCCUUCGCCGGCGAGAGACUCGGUUGAUCCGUUGUGGAUGAUUGGGAAGAGUGAGGCGCUACGGUUGUGUAGGGUUUAUGAGGAGGAGAUGGGGAUUAUGUAUCCUGUUUUGGAGGUGGAGGAGUUGUUGGGGCAGGUGCAUGUUCUAUAUGGCGACGGGGGAUUGGAUGGGGGGAUUUUGGAGGAGGGAGAUGUGCAUAUUUUGAGGAUUGUGCUUGCUUGUGCGCUUGCGGCUGAGGCGAGUGGGGGGAGUGAGUUGGCUGUGAGGUUGUUUGAGAGUGUACGCGUUGUCGCAGAUGAUUAUGUUUGGGGAGCGCCGGAUAUCAAUCGCAUUAUCUUCUUGACUUUGGUGUCAAUCUUCUACUUCCAAAUGGACGAAGAAACACUCGCCUGGCGUACAAUCGGCAUCGUCGAACGCAUGUGUCUCGAAACCGGUCUCCACCGCCGCGAAACCCUAGACCAACCCUCUCUCCUCGCCUCAGCAGGCAGCAAAGACCGACUCUCGCGUCUCUUCUGGUCCGUCUACAUCCUCGAUCUCCGGUGGAGUUUCGGCACGGGAAUGCCCUUCUCCCUCGAAGAAAGCGACAUCGACCCCUGGCUUCCUGAACCCGAGGAGAAGAAUUUCCCGUAUUUACGGGUUAUGAUAAGGUAUAGUCGGAUUGCGGCAAAGGUGUGGAAGUUGAUCGCGGCGUUUAAUAAUACGGAUGAGAUUAAGAAGGAUGAGAUGAAUUAUCUGGAUUGGCAGGUGUUGAGGUGGGCGGAGACGAUGCCGGAGUGUUUGCGGUUGGGUGGGGAUCAGGAAGAUGAGCCAAGGAGUUUGCGGAGGCUGCGCUCUGUGUUGUAUCUUCGCGCGAACCAGCUGCGUAUGCUUAUCCAUCGUCCUGUACUGCACACAGCUGCGCAUAUCCGUCGCUAUCCCGGUGAAUCCGCGACAGUGGUUGAUUUGGCCAAAGACACGAUCCGCUUCAUUGCGCAUCUGCACGAAACUUCCGACAUAUACAGUCGCCAACAAGUCACCUUCAACUGGUUCUUGGUGUCCGCAUUGGCAGUUCUGUUUCUAGCCGCCGCGCAAGCCCCAGGACAGUUCAAUCGCGGGUGCAAAGAGGAGUUCUAUAUGGCGCUGGAACUGGUGAAGGGGUUCUCGACACAGUCGUAUAUAUCGCAGCGGCUGUGGAAGUCCAUUAAGAGUUUGCGGAAACUCGGGCCGCAGUUAGGGUUGUCACAUGAGCACCAGCAGCAGCAUCAAACUCAAGGGGACGGCUCAUUGGGUGAUGUACCCGCUUCCUCGACGGUACAAACGACACCACUAGACGGAAAUCAGAUGACGCAGGAGUUAAUGGAGUGGUUUGAAACAGUGGGGAACCUAGAUACAUUCAUGACCAUGGGGGUUCCGGGCACGAAUACAGGUGUGGAAGAUGGAUUGGCCAUGCUGGAUUAUGGUGGGGAGUUGUCUAGUGUUAUGAAGGAUUGUUUUUAG